CUCUCGUAUCUACAGGCGGCGGCGGGCGGCCGAGAUGGCGGCGGCUGCGUCGCGCGACGACGAGCUGGUGGUCAAGUCUCCCAGCGACAAGCGCUCCUACCGCCUCCUCCGCCUCGCCAACGGCCUCUGCGCCCUCCUCGUCCACGACCCCGAGAUCUACGCCGACGGCGGCCCUGCCCCCAAGCCCGGCGAAGACGUGGACAUGGAGGACGGGGAUGAUGAUGAAGAUGACGAGGACGAGGACGACGAAGAGUAUAGCGACGAGGAGGGGGAUGACGACGAAGAAGAAGACGACGAGGAUGAUGAUGGGAGCGAGCCCAAGAGGAAGAAGGAGAAGGGCGGCUCCGAGCCGGUCAUUAAGAAGGCUGCUGCUGCAAUGUGUGUUGGAAUGGGCAGCUUUACCGACCCUCCAAACGCACAGGGCUUGGCUCAUUUUCUAGAGCACAUGCUUUUUAUGGGGAGCUCUGAAUUUCCAGAUGAAAACGAGUAUGACAGUUACUUGUCCAAACAUGGUGGUUCAUCAAAUGCUUUUACUGAAACUGAAUACACAUGCUACCAUUUUGAGGUCAAGCGAGAGUAUCUAAAGGGAGCAUUGGACAGAUUUUCUCAGUUCUUUGUAUCACCCCUUGUUAAGGCUGAAGCUAUGGACCGUGAGAUAUUAGCAGUAGACUCAGAGUUCAACCAAGUUCUGCAAAGCGAUAGCUGCCGUCUUUACCAACUGCAGUCCCAUACUUGCUCUCAAGGGCACCCGUUGAAUAGAUUUACCUGGGGAAACAAGAAAAGCCUGGUGGAUGCAAUGGGCAGUGGAAUAAAUCUGAGGGAAGAGAUUUUGCAGAUGUACACGAGUAACUAUCACGCAGGGAUGAUGAAGCUUGUUAUGAUUGGGGGCAGAACCCUUGACACUCUAGAAGCUUGGACCUUGGAGCUAUUCAGUAAGGUUAAAGCUGGUCCUCUGUUAGAUAUAAGUCCAAAGACUGAUAUGCCUUUCUGGAAAUCUGGUAAACUUUAUAAGCUAGAGGCUGUCAGAGAUAUUCACAGUCUUUUCCUGUCAUGGACACUUCCUUGUCUGCACAAGGAAUACAUGAAGAAACCAGAAGAUUACUUGGCACAUCUUCUUGGUCAUGAGGGCAAGGGAAGCUUACUUUAUUCUUUGAAAGCUAGAGGUUUGGCUAGCUCGUUGAGUGCUGGCGUUGGCAGUGGAGGAGCACAACGAUCCUCAUAUGCCUAUGUCUUCGAAAUGUCCAUACGCCUUACUGAUUCAGGACUUAAAAAUCACUUCGAGGUCAUUACAGCUGUGUACCAAUAUAUAAAUUUACUUAAGCAGACUGAGCCUCAAGAAUGGAUAUUUAAGGAACUCCAGGACAUUGGGUACAUGGAGUUCAGAUUUGCAGAAGAACAACCUCCAGAUGAUUAUGUAGUAGAUCUUUCAGAAAAUAUGUUAUUUUAUUCUGAAAAGCACAUCAUUUCUGGAGAAUAUAUUUACGAGGAAUGGGAGCCGGAGUUAGUCAAGCAUGUUCUGAGCUUCUUCCAUCCAGACAACAUGAGAGUUGACAUACUUAGCAGAUCAUUUGAUAAGCAGUCCCAGGAUAUUAGAUGUGAACCUUGGUUUGGUUCACCGUACAUUGAAGAGGAUAUCCCGUCAUCUUUGAUUGAAAGCUGGAGAAACCCUGCACAGAUGGAUGCUAAUUUUCAUUUACCUCGGAAGAAUGAAUUUAUCCCAGGGGACUUCAGUCUGCGGAAUUCUAACAUUCCUAAAUUGUCAGACGAUGAUAAUCCUCAGUGUAUUGUGGAUGAACCGUUCAUAAAGCUCUGGCACAAGAUGGAUAAUGCAUUUAAUGUUCCUCGUGCAAAUGCAUACUUUUUGAUUUCUGUCAAGGAUGGCUGUAGCAGCCUUAGAAACUCUGUCCUGACAGAUCUGUUUGCAAAUCUUCUUAAAGAUGAGCUAAAUGAGGUCCUCUAUCAGGCUUCUGUGGCUAAACUUGAGACAUCGUUAUCUGUUGUUGGUAGCAACCUUGAGUUAAAGCUUUACGGAUACAAUGACAAGCUGUCCGUCCUGCUGUCCCACAUCUUGGCUGCUUCUCAAUCCUUUUCUCCGAAGAUGGAUAGGUUUGAGGUCAUCAAGGAGGAUCUGGAAAGAGCUUACAAAAACACUAAUAUGAAGCCUAUGAGCCAUUCCACCUACUUGAGGCUACAAUUCUUACGAAAAAUAUUCUGGGAUGUCGAUGAAAAACGUAAAGUUCUUGCAACGUUAACCUUUUCUGAUCUGGCAGAAUUUGUUCCAAAGCUUCUUUCUCAAUUGCACAUCGAGGGCCUAUGUCAUGGUAAUCUGUCAGGAGAGGAAGCGAUAAAUAUAUCAAAAAUAUUCCAAAAUAGUUUGUCGGGACAGGCAUUGCCAGAGGAGGCAAGGCAUGGGGAAAGUGUUUUUUGCAUUCCUCAGGGUGCAAAUUUUAUUAGAAGUGUACGGGUGGAGAAUGAUCUUGAAGAGAAUUCUGUGGUUGAGGUUUAUUUUCCAGUCGAGCAAGACACUGGAAAGGAGUCAACACGACUAAGAGCUAUUACAGAUCUUUUCAGCAAUAUCAUUGAGGAACCUUGCUUUAAUCAGCUGAGAACAAAGGAGCAGCUUGGUUAUACUGUGGACUCUAGUCCACGGAUGACAUACCGCCUUUUGGCGUACUGUUUCCGAGUUAUGUCCUCCAAGUAUAGCCCUAUUUACCUACAAAGCCGGAUUGAUAACUUCAUUGAUGGUGUGUCUGCUUUGCUGGAUGGGCUAGAGGAGGAGACUUUUGAGCACCAUAAGAGUGGACUAAUAGCUGAUAAACUCGAAAAGGAUCCUUCCCUUAGCUAUCAAACUGGUGAUUACUGGUCGCAGAUUGUCGACAAAAGGUAUAUGUUUGAUAUGUCCAAACUAGAAGCUGAAGAGCUAAGGACAGUUGGGAAGGAGGAUGUCAUCAGCUGGUACAAUACCUACAUAAAGCAAUCAUCUCCAAAGCGUAGACGGUUGGCAAUCCAUGUGUAUGGUUGCAACUCGGAUAUUGCUGAGGCUGCCAAGCUGCAAGAGCAGUCAUGGACUGCAGUUGAUGAUGUUGAAUCCUUGAAGGCUUCGUCUCAAUUUUAUCCAAGCCUCUGUUGAGGGAAGGAUAAUCCUAUACACUGGCUAUCAUCUCUGGAGCUCAGAUGGGAGCUAUCAUCUGUGCGGUUGCAGCUUGGACAUUUCUGAGGGCGCGAUCAAGCUGCAAGAGCAUCCGUGUACCACAGAUGGUUGAUACACAAACAAUCCUCUAUAGAAAAUCGACCACAUUGUCAAACAUUUCAUUAAUUGAUCUGCAGCUUGUAAAUUGAUGAGUAUCCAUUCAUUGUCAAGCGGAUACAAAAUUUAACCUUCUAUUGGUAAGGUGGAGUAUAGCAGGUGUUUUGUAGUUCAGUGUGCGCUUCAGUUUUUGAACUAGCAAAUGCAGCUUUCUUUUAACUUCGCUCAGAAAAUGUACUCCCAGGUGUUUUGUAGUAAUAUUCUUCACUUGCGUGUGUUCAUCCUAUUUAUUUGUACUACAUUCUAUUAUAUCAAUUUUGAUGAUAAUUUAAUGCAUGGAUUAAUUUUUGGCUGU